CACGCCCUGCUGAGGGCAGCCCCAGGACUCAGCGCUCUCCAGUGCCAGUUCUGGAGCUCACUCCUCCCGCCGCCGCGCCCGGCUCCAAGGGGCGGGGACCGAGCAAAGGUCCCGCCGCCCGCCCUCUUCCCUCGCGAUCCCCCGGCCCGAGGGCUCCUCCGACUCAACAGGCGCGGGUCGCGAGGCAGCUGGGAGCCCACAAAAUGCAGCUGUGAUGCUGUCUGCUUCAGGACAACUUCUGCAACACUGUGUUUCUCUGCAGCUUGAUCUGGACAUCAACUGAACUCAAGCUAGAGGCUUCUCUAAGGAGAAGAUAUUCUUUCAUGAAUACUGAUUGAUACUAGCAAGAAAUAAGGUAACUUGUAGUUCUCAAAAUGUUUGCCAAAGCAACACGGAAUUUUCUUAAGGAAGUUGAUGCUGGAGGUAACCUGAUUGCAGUAUCAAACUUGAAUGACUCAGAUAAAUUACAACUUCUAAGUCUGGUGACCAAAAAAAAGAGAUACUGGUGCUGGCAGAGACCCAAGUACCAGUUUUUAUCUGUCACUCUUGGAGAUGUACUCACAGAAGAUCAGUUUCUGAGUCCAGUGGUCGUGGAGUCGGACUUUGUGAAGUACGAGGGCAAGUUUGAAAACCACGUGAGUGGGACCCUGGAGACAGCCCUGGGGAAGGUCAAGCUGAAUGUUGGCGGCAAAGGCCUCGUGGAGAGCCAGUCCUCCUUUGGAACCCUGAGGAAGCAGGAGGUGGACUUGCAGCAGCUCAUCGGAGAUGCCCUGGAGAGAACAAUCAACCUGAAGAACCUGGUACUGCAGCAGGUGCUGGAGAGGAAGAACGAGGUCCUGUGUGUCCUGACGCAGAAGAUCGUGACAACGCAGAAGUGCGUGAUAUCUGAGCACGUCCAGAUCGAGGAGAAGUGUGGCGGCAUGGUGGGGAUCCAGACCAAGACUGUGCAGGUGUCAGCGAUGGAGGAUGGGAACUUCAUCAGGGACAGCAACGUGGUACUGGAGAUCCCAGCUCCCACCACCAUUGCCUACGGCGUCAUCGAGCUGUACGUGAGGGCAGAUGGCCAGUUCGAAUUCUGCCUCCUACAAGGGAAGCAUGGUGGCUUUGAGCAGCAAAGGAGAAGAAACUCUGUCUUGCUAUACCCCCUGUCCUUCCAAGAGUUUGCGUCCUGGGACAUGCCAGAUGCCGGGCAAGGGCUGUCUGCCCAGGAUAAGCCACUGAGUGUUUUAAAACAAGCCACUCUGCUCUUAGAGAGGAAUUUCCAUCCCUUCAUGGAGUUGCCCGAGCAGCAACAGACAGCCCUGAAUGACGUCCUCCAGGCAGUCCUGUUGGAUGAGGAAUUACUGGUGGUCCUGGAACAAGUGUGUGAUGACAUACUUAGCAGCCUGUCACCCUCACUGGUGACACUGGGGGAGCUGAAGCCGUCACAGCAGCACAACCUCACGACCUUCCUGCGGCUGGCGGGGUGCAGUGUGCAGGGCGAGUGUCUGGGCUCAGAGGAUGUGGUUAACAACCAGAAACUCUUCUCUACAGCCUAUUUCUUGGUCAGUGCGCUAGCAGAAAUGCCAGAUAAUGCAGCAGCUUUGCUGGGCACUUGCUGUAAGCUCCAGAUUAUCCCUGCACUGUGCCACCUGCUCUGUGCUCUGUCUCAUGAUGGUGUGUCUGAUCUUGAAGACCCAGCUUUGGCUCCUCUGAAAGAUAGAGAAAAGUUUGGGAUCGUGCAGCGUCUGUUUGCUGCAGCUGACAUUAACCUGGAGAGAAUGCAAUCAUCCGUGAAAGCUGCCAGCAGGGAGGACCCUAACGUCUUACCACUGAUACUUUACAUCAGCCUGAAUGGACUCUGUGCUUUGGGCAGAGCACAGUAACAGUGUCAUGUGCGGAUUACAGGUACAGGCAUACCUCAUUUUAUUGCACUUCACAGACAAUGCUUUUUUAACAAAUUGAAGGUCUGUGACAACCCUGCAUUGAGCAAGUCUAUUGGCACUGUUUUCCCAAUAGCAUUUACUCACUUGUGUCUGUCACACUGUGGUAACUCUCCCAAUAUUUGAGACUUUUUCAUUAUUAUAUGUAUCAUGGUGAUCUGUAUCUUUGAUGUUACUAUUGCAAAAAGAUUACAGCUUGACUUGCGGAAGGCUCUGAUGAUGGUUAGCAUUUUUUAGCAAUAAAAUAUUUUUAAGGUAUAUAUAUAGUUUAGGCAUAAUGCUAUUGUACACAUUAAUAGACUAUAAGAUAGUAUAAAAAUAAGUUUUAUAUGCACUGAGAAACCAACAAAUUUGUGUGAUUUGCUUUACUGUGGUGGUCUGGAACCAAAUCUGCAGUAUCUGAGGUCUGCCUCUGCGUGUUAUCAGCUAAGGCUGGCUAUUUUUCAGCAUCAUUCAAAUACUGCCUUUGGGGCUUAGGUCACCAUGGUAAAUAAUCAAGUAGAUGAAUUUAUCUAAUAGUUUAAGAAGUGGUGGCUUUUUGCAUUACAAAUCACCUUGAAUUCAGCUACCAGUACUCUGUAUAGGGUUUUCCAUGGGAGGCCCUCCUGUGCUGCUAACCCAGUGUCUGAAUUACAGAUCCCAGCACCCAGCUGGAGGAGGGUGGAGCAUUCUAAGCCAGAGUACUCAGACCUUUUCUCGGAAGAAAAAAAAUAGGUCCAUCUAUCACUUUAUUUUUCCCACUUUCUGUUAAACAAAAAUAGAUGAGGCUGACACUUGGAUCCAGAAAUUCAUUUUAAAUUAUGAAUGCUGUGGGGAGGCAAUUUCUCUUCAUAGAAGGCUACAUUUUGAAUGUGCUGUAUGCUAUGCAGUGACUGAAAAAUGAACUGUAAAUGCCACUAGAGAACAUAGUCUUCUGCUAAACAAAAUUAUGCUAAAAAACAACCCAACCGCAGGACACACUUCUCCUUAGGGCCUAGUAUAUGUGCAUUUUAUUUAUUUGACUUUGCCCGGCUUUGAUCAAUGUACCAAUCCUAUUGUCUAGAGCAGUGUGCUGAUUUUGCAUGCAUGUUGGAUGUUUAAUUUGUAAAAUGCUACAUAUUGUAUCAAAGGAACUUUGAACUGUGUAUAUUUUUCUUGUUUGUUCUGUUUUCAUAUCCUUCCACUAUAAAUAGCCUGAACUGUCUCCUGAGUGCGCCUAAUGCCAAUGCUAAUGUCCUCUGGGGACCUGAAGCUACUCUGCUUUCCCUUGGCAAAAAGUCACUGAGACCUACUGCUAGAAACCGACUUACUUUAGGGGCAGGAGGCAAUGGGGAUGAGGGCUAGCAGCUGAACAUGCUGUUACUCACCACCUGUUUUUUAUCUCAACAUCACCUACUUAUUCCCUUCCUCUGCUUCAGAUUUUAAUGAACAUUAAUAAGCAAGAAAUGAAGAAAAUAACCCUUUCAUCACCUCUAUUAAAAAUCAGACUAAAUCAUGUAGCUAUUAUGCAAAUAUUUAAGAUAUGUAAGAAAGAAAGAGUUGUACACUGUGGUGGCAACAACAUAAAAAAUAAGCACCUUAUACACAAAUUGGAAAGGAAUAUGCAAAAGUCGAGAAAGUUGUGCUGAGAUGGUGGUACUAGACCUACCUGUCUUUUUUUUUCUGCUUUUCUGAAAUAAAAUGAGUGUAAAGAACAUACUGCA